AUGAAGCUCGCAGUUGCUGUAUUGUCAUCGAUCUUGCUUGCCUGCUCGGUUACUACUGCCAAUCCUGUUGAUCCCAGUGAAAGUACAGAUGAUGAAGAUGGCAUUUCAACAUUCAUUCCCAGUGCAACUACAGAUACUGAAUAUAGUCUUUGGAUAGUUCCUAAUCCAGACGGUAUAGGCUUGGGUGCUCUUGAUCCACUUCCAGAUAACUUCAAGAAUUUACUCGACAAAUACGCAGAGAUACAGGAUGCUCGUAAUCAGCAAAGCAAAAUAUAUUGGCCGUUAGAAUCUCGAUAUGACAGUCAAUAUGACGUGCUAAUGGGCGUGGAAAAAGAUCUUGAAAUUCUGAAAUAUCAAUCUCAAAAAGGCAAUGGCAAUCCAAAAUAUGGUGACAUUGAGAAGACUAAGCUUGAUCUUGAAGACCAAAGAUCCAAACUUGUCAAACUUCGAAAAAGUUUCGACGAGUGCCAGUCUGAGAUUGGUCGUCUUGCAGAAAAAAAGUGGGAAAUCGAUGAACGGAUUGUGGGUCUCGUUUUCGGAACCCCUCUGGAUCUUGCAUUAUUUAAUUACCAACUUUUGCUUAUCAGAGAAAGGCCUUUCGUUAAAAAUUACAUUGAACAGCAAUCAUCAAAAUACGAGAGUCUUGAUCAAAAAUCUGGUGACCGACGAAAACAUCGAAAAUCUGGUGACCGACGAAAACAUCGAAAAUCUGGUGAUCGACGAAAACAUCGAAAAUCUGGUGGUCGACAAAAACGCAAAGAUUUGGAAUCAUCAGAUGAAGAAUCAGAUGAAGAACCGGAUGAAGAAUCCGAAUAUAAAUUCAAUCGGAAGGGUACUUUCAGUAUGCGGAGAGCUUCCUCCAAGUUUAUCACUAGAUUUGGAUCAUUCUUUGGACGACCCAAACGUGACGAUCCAUCUAAUUGA